GACAGAUCUGAAUUCUGACACACCUACGAACAAAGUUUCCCCUCUCUCUUAAAACCACGACAUUUUACAAUCUCGCGUCUCAAUCCCACUACCACUGCACCUCUUCCAUUCCCAGUCAAAUUCCCUCUCUCUCUCUCUCUCGCUCUCCAUCUCCAGUUGGGGCUAGUAGAUCUCCUUCUCCCGCACACCCCAAAUCUUGAAUCUUUGAACAAUAUACAUAAACCCCAUUUCCAAUCUGAAUUGCAACGUAAAACAUUUUGUCGCAGAGAUAUAUACAUCUCUUUCUACCUACAUAUAUAUAAAUAUACAUUGUAGAAUAGAGAAUGGGCAAAGUUUCCAUUGUGAUAUACGUAACCAUAGCAGUCCUCCUUCUCCUUCUCAUAUCCCUCCCUAAGAAAUCCCCUAACAAUCGCCACCGCCGCCUCAAGCUCCGCUCCAACUUCACCUUCUCUCACCAGCACCACUCACACCACGAGCCCGUCCCCUUCGACCCCAUUGUCGCCGACCUCGAGCUUCGCCGCGAGGACCGUCAGUGGGAGAAGCAGUACAUCGAGCACGCCCACCCCGAGCUCCUUCAUCCAGAUUCCGCGCCGGCCGCCGAGUCCCAGCCCGAAUGGGAGGACUUUAUGGACGCGGAGGACUACCUAAACGACGAGGAGAGGUUCAACGUGUCCAACAGGCUGGUCUUGCUCUUCCCGAGGAUUGAUGUGCUCCCGGCUGAUGGAUUCGUGACCGAUCACGAGUUGACCGAGUGGAACUUGCAGCAGGCGGAGAGGGAAGUGAUGCACAGGACGAAGAGGGAAUUGGACACUCAUGAUAAAAAUAAAGAUGGGUUUGUUUCUUUUGCCGAGUAUGAUCCCCGUUGGGUUCAGAAUGCAGAUAAUAAUUCUUUCGGCUAUGAUAUGGGUUGGUGGAAAGUGGAACACUUUAAUGCAUCGGAUGCGGAUGGAGAUGGUCUCUUAAACAUAACGGAGUUCAACGACUUUCUGCACCCAGCUGAUACCAAAAACCCAAAACUGCUUCAGUGGUUGUGCAAGGAGGAAGUGAGAGAAAGGGAUACUGACAAAGACGGGAAGCUUAACUUCAAAGAAUUUUUUCAUGGGCUCUUUGACAUGGUGAGAAACUAUGAUGAAGAAGGUCACAAUUCUUCACAUCAUGUUGUUGAUUCAACAGAGGCCCCUGCCAGAACAUUGUUUGCUCAACUCGACAAAGAUGGUGAUGGAUACUUGUCAGAUGUAGAACUAGUAACAAUCAUUGGAAAACUUCACCCAUCAGAGCGAUAUUAUGCGAAACAACAGGCAGAAUAUAUCAUAUCACAGGCGGAUGCUGAUAAAGAUGGGCGUCUAACCUUGACAGAGAUGAUUGAGAACCCUUACGUAUUUUACAGUGCUAUAUUCAACGAGGAUGAUGAGGACGACUAUGAGUACCAUGACGAAUUCCGUUAAAUUUUAGACUAGGAUACUAGGGAAACUUUGGUUAAACAGGGAAUUCUUUUGGCUUGACAGAACCAGUAAGUGUCAACAAUCUUGGUGAGAACAACCUGAAAAAUCAUAUUUCGUUGUCUCUUACCAGUUUUGCAAACAGAUGGUUCCGGUGUUGUUGCUCUUCAUCAGAUUAUGAACCUCAGCUCAUUGUAUGAUUUAUACACUGAAUUGAUAGUUGAAAUGUUUAUUUUGUGGGCAAAAUUGUUAAAUAUUCUUUUCCCCCUUCA